AUGGCUGUGAAAGAAGCGGCCAGGAUUAAGAAGCUUCUAUCCAAGGAUCCCUCAGAACGGCUAGGCGUGUUGAGAGCACCCAGCGGAAUCCACACGGAUUCUGCGGAUCAAGUCACGCGUCUGUUGCUUGAAACACACUUUCCGAACUGUCAGAUUGAUAGUACGGAAACUGCACCUAUACGACCUGAGCUAUAUUCGGGGAACCAACGUGACUGGGGAAAGGCUUCAGAGAUUGUCACAUCUGAAAGUGUUACAUGGGCAAUCGGCAGCUUUUCACCAUACAAGACAGCAGGUACGGAUGGCAUCUUUCCGGCUUUGCUCCAGCAGGCUGCGGAGACCAUUACCGUGCCGCUUGUGAACCUUUUUAGGGCGUGUCUUGCCAUCGGGUAUGUACCACAUGCUUGGAGGCGAGCACGAGUAGUAUUUAUUCCAAAACCAGGUAAAAGCAAUUACGAGGACCCUAAGUCCUUCAGACCUAUUAGUCUGACAUCGUUCUUGCUAAAAACCCUGGAGAAGCUCUGUGAUAGGUAUAUUAGGAGUCGGAUUCUUGUGAAGAAUCCGUUAAAUCCUAUGCAACAUGCCUAUCAAAGAGGAAAAUCAACAGAAUCGGCUCUCCAUCAAUUGGUAAGCCGUAUCGAGAAAUCGCUUAGCGACAAAGAAAUUGCUCUCGUUGCUUUCCUGGACAUUGAGGGAGCCUUCGAUAAGGUCAACUCUACGGUUCUGGCUCGAGCGAUGAGAGAGUUUAAACUAGGUCAAACCCUAGAAAGAUUUACCACUAGGUUAGUUGGAAACCGCAUUGUGGAAGCGGAGGUACACGGCGCACAACUGUCGGCAGCUGUGAGCAGCGGCUGCCCUCAGGGAGGUGUACUGUCUCCCCUUCUAUGGUCCAUGGUGGUUGAUAGCUUACUAGUGCAACUUAACUCAGCGAACUUUUAUACACAAGGUUACGCUGAUGAUGUCUGCAUUGUCAUACGGGGGAAAUUUCUAUCUACACUGUGUGAUCUUAUGCAGAGGGCAUUAAGCAUCGUUGAAGGCUGGUGUUGUACCCGCGGUCUUAAGGUUAAUCCCGAAAAGACUGCUCUCAUCGCCUUCACGAAAAAGUACAAGCUGGAGGGGUAUAGGGCACCCAAAUUCUUUGGGAAAGAACUUACUCUGCAGAAAGAAGUAAAAUACCUUGGUAUUUUACUAGACCAAAGACUCACAUGGAAGAAGCAUCUGGAAGACCGUAUCACAUCGGCCACUAGAUCGUUUUUCUCAUGUCGACGUUUACUCGGCAGAUCUUGGGGUCUAUCGCCGAAAAUCACACUAUGGAUGUAUCAAGCCAUAGUCAGACCACUGAUCUCAUAUGGAGCUGUAGUAUGGUGGCCAAGAGUCGAAUACAAAAAUUCGGCCCUGGCGCUACAGCGGCUUCAGAGAUUAGCUUGUAUUGCAAUCACAGGAUCCAUCCGGACAGCCCCCACCGCGGCGCUGGAGGUCUUGUUGAGCUUGCCUCCGCUUCCGCUUUAUAUAAAGGCUGAGGCGGGUAAGGCAGCAGUAAGACUGCGUUCUGCAGGAACAUGGAAGGUCGGGUGUCACCCAGCGGGACAUGUUAAAAUCAUGGACGCAAUGGUUAAAAGGCACCCUGACCUUCUAAUGAGGGAAGAUUUCCAUCUUGGGGAUAGACUUCCUCAAAAGAUUUUAAAAACUGUGCUAAACACGAGAGCUGAGUGGAGAGACCGGGAAGGGGUCAUCAAUGAACCCGGUGCGGUUGCACUCUUCACAGACGGCUCACGGGUGGACGGCUCCUCUGGAGCCGGGUACCACUGUCCGGAACUCGGAAUUGGUGGGUCAGUGGCACUUGGCCGGUAUACUACUGUAUUCCAGGCCGAGGUCACAGCAAUCCUAAUUGGGGUUCAGACUCUGACUGAAUCUGGGGUUUCUGGCAGGAAAAUUAACAUAUUUUCUGAUAGCAGAGCUGCUUUGCUCUCUAUAUCGGGAAACAAAUCCCGCUCUUCGCUGGUGCUCGAGUGCCGGGAAAUGUUAGAAACGGUCUCACUUAAAUGUGAGAUCGGUCUACAUUGGGUACCUGGGCACUGUGGUAUUGCGGGUAAUGAAGAGGCUGACCGCCUCGCAGUGGCAGGAGCGAAGACCGAAUUUAUCGGUCCCGAGCCUGCCGUGGGAGUGUCGCCCCAAAUGAAGAAAACCAUCAUUGGGGAGGAUUUACUUGCACAACACCAAACGGUCUGGACGGCUACUACCAAAUGUCGCGUGUCUAAACUGUUCAUGCCACUUGUGGACAGAAAAAGAACGGAGUACUUGGUGAGCAGUAACCGCUGCAAAGCGCGGCAGUUUGCUGAUCUUCUUACCGGACACUGUCUAAACAAACACCUCAACAGAUUGGGUGUUGAGUGUAAUCCAAUCUGUAGAGGUUGUGACAACGCUGAGGAAACGGUCCUACAUUAUGUAUGUGACUGUCCCAGCCUUUACAACACCAGGCGAGCGCUACUUGGAAAAGUGGUGCUAGACUGGAAUGAUCUACCAAAAUUGAAGCCGGCUUGUCUAAUGGAAUUUAUCCGAAGGACUGGCUGGCUCAAUACACACAGCCCAUUCGGAGAUCGUUGGAGAGAACAGCAGCAGUCCAACAGAACGAUCAUUGACAAAACACAGUUCCGGGAAUGCAGGAAUGCCGAGGACUGCGACAAACUAACAGGAGCAUUAUCAACUAAACACAUCCCCGAAGACUUUCGAAGAGGACUGCUGCGGACUAAUAGGAUGAUUAAGAAAACACGCAAAUUAUCGGGGAUCUUCGGAAAGGACUGA